CAACUUUUGUGUGUGCUUUCUCUCUCUAAUCUUCCCUGCUUUCUCUCUCAAGUCAUCUCAUAAAUGCGAUGUUAAACUAAUUAUUUGCAGGAGUGAUUGUUGUAGUAAUGUAUUUAUUAAAGAUUGCAUUUUUGGUUCUUUCGGCUGCGUGAAUUCUCUGGCAAAACAAAGCAGAAGUCUUCUCCUUUGCACCUUUCAAACUAUUUUUAUUGCUUUCGUAAACGCUCUUAUGGAGACGGGGAAGAAUCUAGGGUUUUACAGCAAUUCAAAAGCCAGAUGAGGUCGUCUUUUCCAAUCUUUUUUUUAUCUUAUUAGUUGAUAAAGUUGUUGUUUGCCAUUGGAUUUUACCUGGGCUUUUCUUGUUUUCGAUUGAUUUUCUUGUCCAGUUCAACCUCAUGAUCUUUCCUUUGUAUGGAUAUCUUUUGAUUUCUAUAAUAGAAGCUUUUUGGUGAACAAUGUUUUUUUCCCUGAAAUGGGUUUUCAGCUUUUGCUAUUUAUGGAUAAUUACAGAUCUGCUAAGUCAGUAGUUAUGAAGGUUUUUCCUUUUCACCCCUCAAGUUGUACUUAAUUUUGGAUAUUUUGGAAAUUCAGUUUUUUCCUCUCUUUUUGAAAGUUGUCUAGUUUUACUGUGGUUAAGUGUGUGAGAUGGAAAAGAUAGAAGAAGCAAAUAGUGCAGCUGUUGAGAGUUGUCAUAGAGUGCUUAAUAUUGUAUCAUAUCCCCAAGAUGAGCAUCAGUUAAGGAGUUUAGUUGAACAAACAGGGGAGACAAUACACAAGUUUAAGAAAGUUGUUUCUCUUCUUAAUACUAGUUGUGGUCAUGCUAGAGUGAGAGUAUCGAAGAAAAUUCUGUCCCCUUUCCCUCAAAACCUCUUUCUUGAAAACCCAAUCUAUCGAACAGAUGAUCAUCCUAAACCCCUUCAACUCCUUCCAAUCAAUUCUGUUGAAAGUCACCCACUUCAAGAAGGGGGAUCCAACGUCAAGAGUGAUCUCACACUGAGAAACUAUUCUUUGGAAUUGAGCUCACGUGGCAAGGAUAUAUCUAACGAAUCCCAGCAAGCACCAUUUCGAAAUGAUCAUUUUCUCGAACAGCAGCUGCAGCAUCAACAGCAAAGAUACCAGCAUCGGUUGAAACAGCAGGCUGAACUGAUGUAUUGUCGUAGUAAUAGUGGCAUUAGUCUGAAUUUCGAUAGCUCUAUGUGCACUCCUACUAUGUCGUCCACUAGGUCUCUUAUCUCUUCGUUGAGCAUUGAUGGGAGUGUUGCUAAUUUGGAGAGAAAUGCCUUCCAUUUAGUUGGGGCAGCUAGAUCUGCCGAUCAGAACUCAUACCAGCUUAAGAGAAGGUGUUCUGGAAGGGGAGAGGAUGGAAGUGGGAAAUGUGGAAGUAGUGGUCGAUGCCACUGCUCAAAGAAGAGGAAGCAUCGUGUUAGAAGAUCAAUCAAAGUACCUGCCAUAAGCAACAAGUUAGCUGAUAUACCCCCUGAUGAGUAUUCAUGGAGGAAGUACGGGCAGAAGCCAAUCAAAGGUUCUCCUCAUCCAAGGGGAUACUACAAAUGUAGUAGCAUGAGAGGCUGUCCUGCAAGGAAACAUGUCGAGAAAUGCUUGGAUGAUCCUUCAAUGCUGAUUGUUACUUAUGAAGGUGAACAUAAUCACCCAAAGUUUCCCUCACAAUCUGCCAACACUUGA